AUGUUAGAUCACAUAACUAAUCAUCACACUGAGCAAAGGCGUAAGUUAAAAAUGCCAAAUAGAGAAGGAAAGAACCGUGUGGAUACGGGGAGAGGCGACGCACCACGGCGAUCGGCGGAGAAAACGAACGAAGGGUUCUUCAUUUUGAAUGAUUCAGAGAUUAGAAGGGAAUCACUCAUCAGCAUUCUCUUGAGAGGAGUCUGGUUAGCAGAAGGACAUGGAGUACCAUAA